CCGGCGGCCGUAAAGCGACAAGGAAGGGCAGUGCCCACGUGGGUCCCAAGAUGGGGAAGAGGAAAGCCAGGCGGCAAGAGCAGAUCAGCGCUUUGAGCAAGAAGCAAAAGAAGCACCUGAAGGAUUUCGGGGAGGAACACCCUUUUUAUGACCAGGAUUCUGGGAAAGACAAACCAGCUCAAAUUUGUGAACUGUCUGAAAAUUCUGAGCAGUCAAGCUCAGAAAGUGAUGUGGAGAGUGAUUCAGAGCCCACCUCGGUGUAUCACAAGCUCCUGGCCACUUUAAAAACUGCACCAGAUUCAGACAAUGAGGAAGAAGAUGAUGACUCAGAAGAAGAAAGUGACAAGGAUGAUACAGAAGUGGACAGUGAAGAGGUCAAGAAUGAAGGAGAAACAGAGGAUGAAGAAAAUGAGAACAGUGGGGCUGUCCAAGAAUCAGGUAAUGAAACAUCUCCACAGAAAAAUAGUCAAGAGAAACCUGGAGGACUAAAUACAUCUACUGACCUAAAAAAUGAAGUUGUUGAAGAGUUCACAGAUGUACAACAUGAAGCUGAGUUUAGUCUGGAAACCAAUUUCAUAGAAGAAGAGAGUGGUGAUGCCAGAGCAGAUCCAAAAGAAGGUCAUUCUUCUGUAGAAGUCAUGAAAGAUCCAUGUAAAUGUCACUUGGAUGAAGAUCUAGAAGAGAAAGAAAUAGAUAAAAUACUUGCACGCUCAAAAAUUACCAGCCAAGUCAAGUGGCCAGCACUGGGGCAGUUAUUUUUUUCUUCCAUGUUGGAGAGAUUUGGAACAAUUAAGCCAAAUAAAGACAUUGAUCUGAAACAGCUUCAUCUCCACAAGCCAUUAGCAUCUACUUGGCCAAAAGUGAACAGCCUGUUCCUCUCCGUGCAACCAAAGUUGAGAGAUCAACUGUUUACGCCAUUGCAAAAGGAACUGUUCGAUAUUAUGAACUCCUACAAGGAUCUCUUCUACCCAGAGAGGACUGCUUUAAGAAAUGGAGAAGAAGUUCGUCAUGUCUACUGCCUCCAUGCGUUGAACCAUGUCUUGAAGGCAAAUGCCCAGGUGCUUAGCAAUAAUGCCAAGCGAAGGGACCAGAAACCUGGAACUGAUGACGAUUGUUUCAGGGAUCAAGGACUCACUAGGCCAAAGGUACUGGUAGUGGUGCCCUUCCGAGAAUCUGCUUUACGCGUGGUCCACAUUUUAAUUGGCCUCCUUGAAUCGGCAAGUCAAAAGAAAAUUGAUGUGAGUAACAAAAAACGGUUUAAGGGAGAGUUUGGCUCAGAUCCAGAAGAGAAACCUCCAAAUCUGAAAAGGCCAGAAGAUUAUGAAGCUGUUUUUGCUGGAAACAUUGAUGACCACUUCAGAAUAGGAGUUGCCAUUCUUCAGAAGAGUAUGCGGCUGUAUGCACCAUUUUACUCCUCUGAUAUCAUCAUUGCAUCUCCCCUUGGCCUGAGGACUGUGAUUGGAGCUGAGGGGGAGAAGAAUAGAGACUAUGAUUUCCUCUCAUCUAUAGAAAUUCUGAUAAUUGAUGAAGUCGACAUCUAUCUAAUGCAGAAUUGGGAACAUGUUUUGCAUCUGAUAAACCAUCUAAAUCAGUUGCCUUUGGAAUCUCAUGGAGUGGAUUUCUCAAGAGUGCGAAUGCUCAGUCUGAAUAAUUGGUCCAAGUAUUAUCGGCAGACACUGCUGUUCAGUGGCUUGCAGGAUCCACAGAUCAACUCUGUCUUCAAUAAGCACUGCUACAAUUACAGGGGACAGGUAGCUGUGAGGAAUGCACCAUUGACGGGCUCCAUCAGUCAUGUUGUGGUACAGCUUCCUCAUGUUUUUCGCAAGCUAGAAGCUGAAAACUCUGUCUCUGUAAUAGAUGCAAGGUUUCAUUUUUUCAUUGACAAAGUGCUGCCUGAGUAUCGAGAUGCAGUCAUGUCACACACGCUCAUCUACGUCCCUUCCUAUUUUGAUUAUGUGCGUCUUCGGAACUACUUCAAGAAGGAGGAGUUGAAUUUUACGCAUGUGUGUGAAUACACCAGUAAAUCUAGCAUUUCCAGAGCAAGGCAUUUCUUCCUGAAGGGAAACAAACAAUUUCUAAUUUUCACAGAACGUUUCCACUUUUAUAAAAGGUACUCAAUCAGAGGCAUCCGGAACCUCAUUUUUUAUGAACUGCCAACCUAUCCCCAUUUCUAUAGUGAAGUAUGCAAUAUGAUGAAGUUGGCAGGCAGUGGAGAAGAGUCUGCAUUGACCUGUACAGUGUUAUACUCCAAAUAUGAUGCCCAGAGGUUGGCUUCUGUGGUUGGUGUUGAGCGGGCAGCCCAAAUGCUCCAAUCGUCAAAAAAUGUACAUCUUUUUGUCACUGGAGAAACAGAGUAAAAGAAUGGCUAAACUGACAAUUCUAAAUAGAAAGUUAGUCUGUUCAUACCCAUUUGGAACAGUUAUUGGAAGAGGAAAAUUAUUCCUACUUGAAACCUUUUCAUUUUUAUAAGAGCUUACAACUUAGGCAAGAAAUGAAAUCUCAAAAGAGAUGUGUAUUUAUUCAUUGUGUCAAUGAUAAUAAUGCCAAAGUUCAGAACAUGCUGUCAUUUUUAUACUGGUGUUGUCCCUGUUAAUUGUAGUUUUCUGUAAACCAUUCCUCUUUGACCUGUUACUUUCCUUAUAUUUUUGCCUACAACUCCCAUUAUCCUCAGCAAUUGGCCACAUUAGCUGGAGCUAAUGUCAGUUGUAGUCUAUUACUUCUGGAAGCUACCUGAAUGAGGACAACUCCUCUAAUCCAGUGUGCUUGCUAAAUAUUUGUAAAGAUGGCACUGGCUCUCAUUUCUCCCCACUUACCCAAAAUAUCAGAGAGAAAAGAACAAUAAAACUCAUCAUAGAAAUAGUU